AUGGCUGGCAAACCCUGGCGAUCGAAGCCCGCAUUGCACACGACGAGCCUCGCCUAUAUAGCGGUACAAGUGGCUUUCUUGUCAUUUCUAUGCAGUUAUUACGAUGUUGGAUUGGCCAAUUUGACUCGAUGGACUCUCGAUCACACCCUUCGUGCUUUCCCGUGGUUUUUAACUAACUUUAGUAUUAUUUCAAUCGUAUUGAUUCUUGUCGAUAUUCAGAGUAUUGUUGCUGAGGUACAGUUUGGUGAUGAGAUGCAAGUUUUUAAACCCGAGCAGUUGGCAUUGUUCGAUGGUUCGAGACCUUCAAGGCCAGUGUACCUCGCCAUUCUUGGACGUGUGUAUAAUGUCGAUAAGGGCAAGAAACAUUACGGAAAAGACGGAGGUUACCACUUCUUUGCUGGUCGUGAUGCCACACGUGCUUUCGUCAGUGGCGAUUUUACUGAAGCUGGUUUGGUUGACAACAUCGACGGUCUUUCCCACGAAGAUCUUCUUGGGAUUCGUGACUGGGUACUGUUCUAUGAAAAGGAGUACAAGUUGGUAGGCGUUCUAGUUGGAAAGUAUUACGAUAUCAACGGAAAUCCAACUAACGACUUGCGUGAUGUCUUAGGUAGAAUGCAAACGGCGAUUGAAUGGAAAGAAUCCAGAGCGGCAGAAGCUGAGGUUUUUCCACCGUGUAAUAGCGAAUGGCACCAUAACAGUGGUGGACGUGUUUGGUGUUCAAUGAAAAGUGGUGGAAUACAGCGAGAUUGGGCUGGAGUGCCAAGGUUGUUGUACGAUCCGAACACUAAGCAACAACGUUGUGCGUGCGUGAAGAAUUUCGGCGUUGGCUUGUCCGGUGUUGGGUCGAAAAGCAGCAAUCGAGGAGAUCUGGAUCAUCCGAAUCUGAAGCAGUAUCCCAAUUGUUCGCCCACAUCUAAUAGUUGUAGACUUGAAAAGAAUUAA